CCUCUCCUCCGCCCCCCCCCCCCCAGUCUGACGCUGCCUCCUCAGGAAGGGUGUUUAGAGGGCAGCGGCCGCCCCAAGCCGGAGCCCCGCAGCGCUUCUUAUGAUCAGCUCGGUGUGUGUAUCCUCCUACCGCGGGCGUAAGUCGGGGAACAAGCCUCCGUCCAAAACAUGUCUGAAGGAAGAAAUGGCCAAGGGCGAGGCGUCGGAGAAGAUCAUUAUCAACGUGGGCGGCACGCGACAUGAGACCUACCGCAGCACCCUGCGGACCCUGCCCGGCACUCGCCUCGCCUGGCUGGCGGACCCCGACGGAGGGGGACGGCAGGAUCAGGAUGGGGGCGGCGGCCGUGCGGGGAGCAGCAGUAGUUGCGGCGGCGGCAGCGAGUUUUUCUUUGACCGGCACCCGGGCGUCUUUGCCUAUGUCCUUAACUACUACCGCACCGGCAAACUGCACUGCCCCGCAGACGUGUGCGGCCCGCUGUUCGAGGAGGAGCUCACCUUCUGGGGCAUCGAUGAGACCGACGUGGAGCCCUGCUGCUGGAUGACCUACCGCCAGCACCGAGAUGCCGAGGAGGCGCUGGACAUCUUCGAGAGCCCCGACGGCGGCCCCGCAGCCGGGGAGGAGGCCGGAGAGGACGAGCGGGAGCUGGCCCUGCAGAGGCUGGGCCCUCAUGAGGGUGGCAGUGGAGCCGGCCCUGGGGGCGCAGGUACCUGCAAAGGAUGGCAGCCGCGGAUGUGGGCGCUCUUUGAGGAUCCCUAUUCAUCUCGAGCUGCCAGGGUUGUGGCCUUUGCGUCUCUAUUUUUUAUCCUUGUCUCCAUCACCACUUUCUGUCUGGAGACGCAUGAGGCCUUCAACAUUGACCGCAAUGUGACAGAGAUCCACCGAGUGGGGAACAUCACCAGCGUGCGCUUCCGGAGGGAGGUGGAGACGGAGCCCAUCCUGACCUACAUCGAGGGGGUCUGCGUCCUUUGGUUCACGCUGGAGUUCCUGGUGCGGAUCAUCUGCUGUCCAGAUACAUUGGACUUUGUCAAGAAUCUGCUGAACAUUAUAGACUUUGUGGCCAUCCUCCCCUUCUACCUGGAGGUGGGGCUGAGUGGACUCUCCUCCAAGGCAGCCCGGGAUGUGCUGGGCUUCUUGCGUGUGGUCCGCUUCGUCCGAAUUCUACGCAUCUUCAAGCUCACCCGACACUUUGUGGGCCUCCGGGUCUUGGGCCACACUCUCCGCGCCAGCACCAACGAGUUCCUAUUGCUGAUCAUCUUCCUGGCUUUGGGCGUCCUCAUCUUCGCCACCAUGAUCUACUACGCCGAGCGAAUCGGGGCCAAGCCGUCCGACCCAAGAGGCAAUGACCACACCGACUUCAAGAAUAUCCCCAUUGGCUUCUGGUGGGCUGUGGUCACCAUGACGACACUAGGCUAUGGAGACAUGUACCCCAAGACGUGGUCAGGGAUGUUGGUGGGGGCGCUGUGUGCCUUGGCUGGGGUACUCACCAUUGCCAUGCCUGUCCCUGUCAUUGUCAACAACUUUGGCAUGUACUACUCCCUUGCCAUGGCCAAGCAGAAGCUGCCCAAGAAAAGGAAGAAGCAUGUGCCCCGGCCCCCUCAGCUCGAGUCGCCAGCCUACUGCAAGUCGGAGGAGACAUCGCCCCGAGAUAGCAUCUUCAGUGACUCUAGCCCCCCUGUGGGGGAAGAAGGCAUGGUGGAGAGGAAACGGGCAGAUUCCAAACAAAAUGGAGAUGCAAAUGUGGUGCUGUCAGAUGAGGAGGGGGCCUGCCUUACCCAGCCCCUGGCCUCGGCCCCUGAUGAGCGAAGGGCUAUGCGCCGUUCCAGUACCAGGGACAAGAACAAGAAAGCUGCCACCUGUUUUCUGCUCAGUGCUGGAGACUAUGCUUGUGCUGAUGGCAGUGUCCGAAAAGUUUAACCGCUACCAGCUCCUCCCAAAUCCUUCGGCCAAGAAGCAGAAGGCCUUUUGUCAGCUCCGUACACCUGAACUCCUGGAUGCUCUCCAUUGGCUUCCUCACCUGGGGGUUGCGGGUUUCUCCCUCCUAAUUUGUUCUUGCCUUUGCCCUAUCCCCAAAGAAGGCAAUGUCGAUGGGAGAGUGUGUGUACCGGUGACUCACACCUGUGCUCUUUAAACACAGAGACCUGCCAAGACGUCCUCUCAUCCAAUUAUGCCCAGGCCGAGGUCCUCACCUUCUCUUAAAGCUUGGCUCACCUGGAGGCCGGGAGCAUGGAGAGAGACAGUGCAAGAGGCUUAGGGAAAACCCUGGAUCUUUCACUCGGAAAGAAUUGGAAAUCCUUGUUUGUGCAGGACCGUUGGAACAAAUACGCACACACACACACACACACACACACACACACAUACACACAUCCUAUGGCCCAGGAUGGGUCCAAUGGUUUAUUAUAUUGUACAAAUCUAUAAAGAUCUAUAUGCAUAUAUACAUAUAUAUUCUAUAUUCUUACAUGCUGUACCCCUGUUUGUAGUGCAUGUGUUGCUUGGUGGUCUGUCUCUUGUGUCAGCCUCUGCUACCCCUUCUCUCCCCCACCAAUCCCAAAUCCUAUGGUCCCACCUCCUUUCUCGCUCCUGGUUCCACAUUAAUUUUUCUGAAGCAACCCGAACCCUCCCAGUAGAAUUCCGACUGAACUGGCUGCUUGGCUGAUGGGUUCCUGCUUCCACGUCUCACUUGACUUGGGUUUAGCCAGUCACUCUGUAUCCAUCUGUCUUCCCAUUCCAAACCACAUGUAUCAGGGGCAGGCAGAGCCUGACAGAAAUUCAGACUGCCAGUCUAUCCCCCCUCCCAACCCAGGGAUCCCCUUCAAAGAAAAUCCAUUACUCCUACUCUCAUGGCUUGUGGUCACCGGUAUCCCGGCCAGCGGAAUGGGACAAGGGAUCCCCCGCCCAUGUCCCCCCGCUGACCCGUCUGCUCCCCAGACGAGGGUCAUUUUGUUUUUGUAUAUCUAUGUAUUGUCUCCCUCUACGUUUGUUUUCAAAGAUGCUGCCAGGCGGACUCAUGGGGAGGGGUGUCUGUCUGUCCGUCUGGCUCAAGGGUCCAAGGACCCGCGGAAGCCUCGGGAUGAAACGAGAUGAGUCGCAAUACUCUACUUCCUGACCUUGGGCCAGGGGACGCGUGCAAUAGCAGAGUCAGGGCUGCCCCUUCUGCCUUGACCUCUGCCCCUCACCCCAGCACCCCUUCCCCUGUCCCCAACCCAAUCUUCCCCGGUGUCUGUCAGUACUUUUCUAAAACUGUUACCUCUUUCUGUGUCCAAGGCAAUACUCCGGCCAGGAGCUGCUGGUCUGUCCGCAUGCCUCUGGCUGUUAUACUGUGGUCAAGCCCCAAUAAAGAGAUUUGGAGCUGUCUCAA